AAGAUGCACUCAAAACCCAUCUUCCUCUGAAAGAAGAGGAGUUGGUAAAUGUAACGUGGGAGAUUGACGUCUUCCAGUUGUCCCUUGCUGCAUCAUUUGCGAUUUCAUCCUCCCUCCAGUCCACACCACUAGUCUUUUCACUCUCAUUUUUUCGCUGAGUUCAUACAUUAACUGAGAACGAAAAUGGAGGGUGAAUUGAAGCCCAUGGAUGCAGAGCAACUGAGAGAAUAUGGUCACAAAAUGGUGGAUUUCAUUGCUGAUUAUUACAAGAAUAUCGAGAACUUUCCUGUUCUCAGUCAAGUUCAGCCCGGUUAUCUACGUAAGCUACUUCCUGAAACCGCACCUGCUCAUUCUGAGACAUUGCAAGACGUUCUUGAAGAAAGGAUGGCAGGCGUGUAAUUUGGAUCUCGUGCCAUUUGAUCCAGAUAUUCAGACAAAAAUAUUACCGGGGGUGACUCAUUGGCAGAGCCCAGAUUACUUUGCAUAUUUUCCUUCUAAUAGUAGUGUAGCUGGAUUUUUGGGGGAGAUGCUCAGUGCCGGGAUUAACAUGGUUGGUUUUAGUUGGAUAACUUCCCCAGCAGCAACCGAGCUCGAAAUGAUCGUUUUGGAUUGGCUUGCUAAAGCACUUAAGUUGCCCGAUGAAUUCCUUUCAACAGGUCAAGGAGGUGGAGUCAUACAGGGCACAGCAAGUGAAGCUGUUCUAGUUGUGCUUUUAGCUGCCCGGGACAAGGUUCUGAGAAGGGUCGGAAAAGAUGCAAUUGGAAAACUGGUGGUCUAUUGUUCUGAUCAAACUCAUUCUGCUUUACAGAAAGCUUGCCAGAUAGGAGGAAUUCAUCCUGAGAAUUUUCGGAUGCUGAAAGCAGUCUCAUGCAGGGAUUAUGCUCUUUCUCCUGACGCACUUUCAGAAGCUGUAUCACAUGACCUGGCCACUGGUUUAAUACCCUUCUUCUUUUGUGCUACUAUUGGUACAACAUCUUCCACUGCUGUGGAUCCUUUGCCUGCCCUGGGAAAGAUUACCAAGAGUAAUAGCAUGUGGUUUCAUGUGGAUGCUGCCUACGCUGGAAGUGCAUGUAUCUGUCCAGAAUUCCGGCACUAUAUUGAUGGUGUAGAAGAAGCUGAUUCUUUCAACAUGAAUGCACAUAAGUGGUUCCUGACAAACUUUGACUGUUCAGCUCUCUGGGUCAAGGACCGGAGUGCACUUAUCCAGUCACUGUCAACAAAUCCUGAAUUUCUCAAAAACAAAGCUUCUCAAGGAAACUUGGUUGUGGAUUACAAAGACUGGCAAAUUCCUCUUGGGCGCAGGUUCAGAUCAUUGAAGCUGUGGAUGGUAUUGAGACUCUAUGGGCUGGAAAAGCUUCAAGCUUACGUAAGAAAUCAUAUAGAACUAGCAAGGCGUUUUGAGGAACACAUUGCUCAAGACCAGAGGUUUGAGAUUGUCACCCCUCGGAAGUUCUCUUUGGUUUGCUUUCGCUUACGACCACCUCAGAGUAAUGAAGAUUAUGCCAAUAAACUGAACCAUGACCUGCUAGAUGCUGUUAACUCAACUGGGAAAUUGUUUAUUUCUCACACGGUUCUUUCAAAUAGAUACAUACUACGCCUUGCAGUAGGGGCCCCACUGACAGAAGAGAGGCACAUUCUUGCAGCUUGGAAAGUUUUUCAAGAUGAGGCUGCUACAUUGUUAAGCAAAUGUUAAUACUAAGCCAAUUAUUUCACGUCAUUAUUAAUUGAUCACAAUAUUGAAAUGUAACUUCUUUUGUCUUGUUCUCGUUGACACUUCUAUUACAGUAUUUUACUUGAAUGACUUUUCUGUUCCACUUUUAACUAAGCUUAGAAUACUGCUAGGAUUUUUCUUGUUAUCUUUGAUCACGCGAUGCCACUCGAACUCAGAAGAUCUUUAGUUCUGAUGGUUGGCUGAAAGAAUCAUUUUUGCUUUCAAUAAUAUAUUAGUGACCCAUUUAUAUAA